ACAGUCAAAGAAAAAGGGGAUGGUCACAUAUUCAAUUUCUUCCUUUGGUUGCUUUGCAUCAGCUUGAAUUUAGAACAAUUACUAAUCAUUUCUUUAUCAAGGUCAACGAAGACUAUAGUUGUAUGACCAAAGAAAAUCCAGAAAUUCCAUUGUCAUGACUCCACUCUGUUGUAUCUUCUUGGCUUAUUCACUUCACCACCAAGCCUUCCUAUUUAUAAGCUAAGCUUCAACUUCAUCAACAGCACCAUCCCCAGAUUAGAAAGGAAAUUAAGCCUCUGCUGGUAGUGCUCAGUAAUGGGUUUUCUGGGUAUUUGCUUUCUUGUCCUUUUGAUGUUGAAAAUUGCUGCUGCACAACCAUUCACUGACCCUAUUGAAGUGGAUGCACUGAAUAAGAUUAUUGACCAUUGGAAUUUGAGGAGCAAGCUAAAUCUAACCACGGAUCCCUGUAAUCGAAAUGCUCCUUGGGCACCAGAACAAGCUAAUCCUAGGGUUGCUUGUGAUUGUUCUGCUACUAUCUGCCAUAUUACACAUUUGAAAAUUUAUGCCUUGGAUGUCUCUGGUGAGAUUCCUAAAGAAUUAUUUGUGCUAAGAGAAUUGAUGGACUUGAAUUUGGGUCAAAAUGUUAUCAAUGGGACCAUUCCAGCUGAAAUAAGACAGUUACCAAAGAUGCAAUACUUGAGCCUUGGCAUUAACAAUCUCACUGGUUCUGUGCCUCCGGAACUUGGAAGUCUAACCAAUUUGAUCUCCUUAAGUUUUGGUUCAAAUAAUUUCAACGGACCGUUGCCACCUCAGCUUGGAAACUUAGUCUCCUUACAGCAGCUGUAUAUUGAUGGCAGUGGAGUGAAUGGUCCAAUUCCAAGGGAGCUAUCAAAUUUGAAGUCCCUCGAGAUUUUAUGGGCAUCUGACAAUCGUUUUACCGGAAAGCUUCCUGAAUUCUUUGUGAACUUUAUGAACUUCCAAGUCCUGAGACUAGAAGGAACACUUCUUGAAGGACCAAUUCCAAGCAAUUAUGGUGCCUUAAAUAAACUACAAGAUUUGAGAAUAGGCGAUCUGCAUACUGAAGAUUCUUCUCUGGAUUUCGUGGAGAACUUAACGAGUCUUUCCAUAUUAUCAUUGAGAAAUUGCCGAAUUAUUGGCCAGCUACCAGAGAAACUUAGCUCUUUUGGAAACUUGGAAAUUCUGGACUUGAGCUUCAACAAGUUGACAGGUCAAAUACCAAGAUCAUUUGAAGACUUUGCUUCAUUACGAUUCUUAUAUCUAGGAAGCAACAACUUGAGCGGCAAGCUACCUCCCAAUAUCAUGAGGUCAAAUCUCACUGCCUUAGAUGUCUCCUUUAAUUCUCUCUCUGGAGACCUAACACCAAAGGGAUCAGGUUUAUCAAUGAAUGUUUUUGGGACUGCUAUUAGUGACAGAACUUCAGAUGGAAGCAAGGCUUCUUCAACUUUAUCGUGCCUGCAAGGGAACACCAGGUGCCUCGACAUAGCUAGUUCGUCUUCCUUUUCCAUCAACUCUGGAGGAACGGAAACAGAAUCUGCAGAUGGAACCAAGUACGAUAAUGACUCAGAGACAUUAAGUGCAGCCUCGUUUUACAUGAACCCCAGUAAUCGAUGGGCAGUGAGCAGUUCUGGCAUUUUCAUUUCCAACCCACAUGGACAAAACUAUAUAGCUGAGACAGGUUCUCAGAUCACAAGCACAUUAGACUCUGAGCUUUAUAAAACUGCUAGGAUGUCGCCUAACUCAUUAAGGUACUAUGGUUUUGGAUUGAGCGAUGGAAAAUAUAAAGUAGAACUUCAUUUUGCUGAGAUACAAAUGGAUGAUUCUCACUCUUGGAAAGGCCUCGGGAGACGGUUAUUUGAUGUUUACAUUCAGGGCGAAAAGGUUCUUGAAGAUUUGAACAUUCAGAAAGAAGCAGGUGGAUCAAAAAGAGCUUUAGUGAAAACAUUUGAGGCAAAUGUGACAAACAGAGUGAUGGAAAUUCAUUUCUUGUGGGCUGGAAAAGGCACUUGUUGCAUUCCUUUUCAAAGCACAUAUGGUCCUUUAGUCUCAGCAAUCCAUGUCACUCAAGUGGAAAAAUAUGGUGGUUCUUCCAAAAACAAGAAGAAACGCGUUGGAAUAAUAUUUGGAAUUGUAGCUGGAAGUGCAGCAGGUGUACUGAUAGUUUCUUCAGUUUUCUACCUCUGCUGGGCAAAUAGAAAAGGACCAAUACAUAUGAAAGUUGCAACUGAUUCACCAACAAAAGGAUAGUUUUUGGAGGUUAGUUCCACAAACUAUCCCCAGCAUGAAUGACCAAAUCAUACAAUCACAGUGGAACUUAAUUUUCAUCAUAUGAUGCUUAGGCUGUUAAAAAAUUUAUAAGUUUAAGACGUUUGUCGAUCAAUGAUUGGACUGUCUUCCAGUUUUCUUGAGAAGCAAAAUGUACAUAAAUAAAACUAGGUACUGUAAGUUUUUCAGUUGCUGGUAUUCA